AUGCGUCACCUCCGGUUGUUCAAGGGUUAAAAACAUCCCCCGCUCUUAUCCCUCAGCACUGUCGUUUUGUUUUGUAGUCAGAAAUUUGAUGAAAUCUUUCUCUCCAGUAUAAAUGUUUUUUAGAUGUCAUUUAUUCUGCGAAGGUUAUGAAAACGUGAUAUUUCGAAUAGCAUUUAUAGAUUUGUCUAACGGAUCAACAGCACUAUUUACGCUUUCCUCCUGACGCAGCACUAGGCUCCCUUUGUCACUCUGACUUCCGUUUUCACGUGCAGUCAACUGAGAAGAGAUGUUUUGCUAAUGAACAUUUAAGGUUUGGCCAUCAAGGAGUAAUAUCGUCUGGUGCUUCAACGUUUGGAACAACCAGCCACCUUCUUAGACGUUCUUUGGCUUCAAAUAAAUCGAGCAAACUCGACUCCUUUGUGUGCAAGAUGAUGCACGCUAGCUGACCUUAUCAGAAGUUGUUUGCUAAUAUUUGCUAGCUUGGUUUGUAGCUAACAAACUGUGCUCGAAGACAAAGUGUGAAUUCCUUUGACGGUCACCUGGACACUGAUGUUACUGGUCAUUUGGUCAGUUAUUUCAUCAGAGCGCGGUAUACGGUGUCAUUUUUCGGGUAGUGUACGUUUCCGUCAAAUUCAGACGCUGUAGCUACUAGCUAACUAGCAUUUGACAGACGGCAGGCUGUCUCACUGUUUCUAGUUAGUCAAUGACAGGUAGGUUUGGGGAAAAGUUGUGUAACAUUAGGUAAGGUAGUUGGCAUUAUAUUUAGCCAACGUUGACUCGUCGGGACGAAGGAAUCGCGGGUGGUCCUACCUUGCUUUGUGUGCUAAACCAAAAUGUUUCGAUACCUGGGUGAUGCUGACGAAAACCCUUUCAUGAUGGAUCCGUUCUCAGCACACAGGCAGCAGAUGAGAACCCUGUUUGAUCCAUUCGGUUUUGAGCCUUUCCCUCUCGCUACCCAGAUGCAUCAUCCACGAAGACCAAUUCAGCCCCAGGCCACCGCUCUCUCCCCUUUUGGAAUGAUGGGAAUGGGCGGAGGCUUCAUGGACAUGUUUGACAUGAUGGGUGGAAUGAUGGGGAACAUGGGGAAUAUGGGAAAUAUGGAUAGAAUGUCGGGUUCCCCAAACUGCCAGACCUUCUCUUCUUCCACAGUGAUAUCCUACUCCUCACUAGACCAAGGGGCUCCCAAAGUGUACCAGCAGACUAGUGAAGUCAGAACUGCACCGGGCGGAAUCCGUGAGACCCGUCAGUCAAUGAGGGACAGUGAUAGUGGGUUGGAGCGCAUGUCUAUAGGCCACCACAUCGGGGAGCGGGCGCACGUGAUGGAACGCUCCCGAAACCGACGCACGGGCGACCGCGAGGACAGGCAGGACUUUAUUAACCUGGAAGAGACUGAUGUUCCAGCUUUUGACGAGGAGUUUAGGAGAGGGGUGGGGCGGUAUGCUCCCCCCGGCACCCGCAGUAUUGACUACGGGCGCGAGAGGAGGGCAGCGGCCGCCCCACAGUUGGCACUCACUGCCCCCCCAGACUCUGACUCGCCCCCCGCCCCCCGUCACGAGUCCCCGCGCCACCACCAGCGACCCAACUCCCGCCCCCGCUACGACUGGUGA